AUGGGCUUCCUCACCAAUGCUCUAAAUGAGCUUGGCCUCGUCACAAUGUGGCACUCCACAUUGGACGUCAAGCUCCUCUGCGCCCAGCGAUUCGUCCGACUCUUCGCAUACGGCGGCUCAACCCUCAUUCUCGCGUCAUACCUAUCCGCCAUUGGACACUCAGAUGAUCGCAUUGGAUUAUUCAUGACAUUGACGCUGGUCGGCGAUGUGGUGAUUAGUUUCUUCCUGACGCUGUUUGCCGACGCGAUGGGUCGCAAGGCGGUCUUAUCGCUUGGAUCGGCAUUGAUGGCUGGCAGCGGGCUCGUUUUUGGCUUCUUCGGCAACUAUUGGGCGCUUUUGGCUGCGGCUGUCUUUGGUGUUAUCAGUCCGAGUGGGAAUGAGAUCGGUCCUUUCCGCGCCGUGGAGGAGUCGACUUUGGCGCAUCUCACGCCUCAUGAAAAACUAAGUGAUGUUUUUGCUUGGUAUUCGCUUAUUGGGACUGCGGGUUCCGCAUUGGGCAUGCUGGUCUGUGGCUGGAUUAUUAAUUCGUUGGAGUCCAUUCAUGGUUGGGAGUUUAUUCCCGCCUGUCGGAUUAUUUUCUUCGUCUAUGCCGGUGUUGGCAUAGUCAAGCUCCUUCUUACUUUGGGUUUGAGUGGCAAGGUCGAGGUUCAGAAAGAGGAUGCUCCUGAAAGUGGUGAAACCCGCGCCCUGCUGGAUCCUACCCCUGAGCAGCAGGAGGCACCUAAGAAGAAAGGCCUAUUUGCGUCUAUCGAAAAGGACUUGUGGUCGCUGGUUAUUCGACUGUUUAUCCUGUUCGGUUUGGAUGCAUUUGCCUCUGGACUAGCUUCUCUAUCCUGGAUGACAUACUUCUUCAAGCGCAAGUUCUCUCUCCCCGAGGGCGAGCUUGGAACAAUCUUCUUCACCACAAACAUUAUCUCCGCCGCCUCCAUGCUGGUCGCAACAUCUCUCGCCAAGCGUAUUGGAAAUGUCAAGACCAUGGUCUUCACUCAUCUCCCAUCGGCUAUCUGCUUGGCUUUGAUCUCCGUUCCAUCUAGUCUCCCCUUGGCCCUCACCUUCCUCGUUCUACGAGCCAGCUCCCAGAGCAUGGACGUAGCACCCCGCUCUGCGUUCCUUGCAGCAGCCCUCCCCGCAGACAAGCGCACGGCUAUCAUGGGAGCCGUCAACGUGGUCAAGACAACCAGCCAAAGUAUGGGCCCCCUGCUAACAGGUAUCCUGGCACGUAACGGUCUCUUCGGCGUCUCCUUCAUGAUUGCAGGAUGCUUGAAGGUAGUCUACGACCUGGGUAUGUUGGCCAGCUUCGCCGGCAAAGAAGCGCCCCGCAAGCCUGCCGCGCAAGAAACCGACGAGGAAAACUAA